UGAGAGCCGCGGAAGGGGCAAAGAGCGACUCAACGGCAUGCUGACCUGUGUAGUGUGCGGCGACACUUCUUCUGGAAAACACUAUGGGAUCCUCGCCUGCAACGGUUGUUCGGGAUUCUUCAAACGCUCCGUGCGACGCAAACUCAUAUACAGAUGCCAGGCCGGCACGGGACGCUGUGUGAUAGACAAGGCGCACAGAAACCAGUGCCAGGCUUGUCGACUCAAGAAAUGCCUGCAAAUGGGAAUGAACAAAGAUGCUGUACAGAACGAGCGUCAACCCCGAAACACAGCGACGAUCCGCCCUCAGGAUGUUCUGAACUCGGCUGUCUCGGUGUCCUCCAUUUACGAAACAUCGGCUCGUUUGCUCUUCAUGGCGAUAAAAUGGGCUAGGAAUCUUCCGUCGUUCGCGAACCUUCCCUUCCGAGACCAGGUGAUUUUACUGGAAGAAACGUGGUCGGAACUCUUUGUUCUUUGUGCCAUUCAAUGGUGUCUGCCGCUAGACAGCUCUACUUCUACUCAUCCCUCGAUCCAUCCACUUUUCGAUAUUAACGAACACAUGUCCACUUCGGCUACUCUGAAAGGGAAUCUCGGUUUAUUGAAUUCAAUCAAGCAGCUCCAGGAGAUCCUGAGCAAGUUCCGAUCUGUAUGCGUGGAUCCUGCGGAGUUCGCUUGCCUGAAAGCUAUUAUCCUGUUCCGCGCCGACGCUAGGGGACUCAAGGACUGUCAUCACGUAGAGGCUCUUCAGGACCAGGCCCAGUUGAUGCUGCAGCAACAUGUGCGCUCUCAACAUCCGACUCACCCAGUUCGAUUCGGACGACUCCUUCUGAUGUUACCCUCUCUGCGAACAGUGUCUUCGGACAAGAUAGAAUCUCUUUUCUUCCAGAAAAUCAUCGGAUCCACUCCCAUGGAGAAACUUUUGUGUGAUAUGUUCAAGUGCUAG